AGAAAACAUGUAUUCAAGAUUAGUCCUAUAAAUUGAGCAAGGCCAGAGCUCUGAAGGGGGUGACAGUCUAUUAUCUGCAUUUUAUUCAUUCUGGGUUUCCAGAUAAAGAGAUAGAGAAGCAAAGCGAUCUUUGGUGCAGAGAGAUUUUGGGUUUAUAAGAAAGAUUUGAAGCAUUCUGGUGGGUGAGAGAGAGACGAAUAUGGGCGUGGCGUACUGGUGGAGGCUGAUUCUUGUUCUUGUUUCUGGGAUUCUCUUCUUUCUUCAACCUUGUGUUUCUUCCCUCCAGCAAGGUGGGAAUGAUUACAGUUUCAUGAAGAAUGCGAGGACUGCUGCCAAAGUAUCGUACUACGACUACAUAGUCAUCGGCGGAGGCACCGCAGGUUGCCCUUUAGCCGCCACACUGUCUCAAAACUACAGCGUUUUGCUCCUUGAACGCGGUGGCUCACCCUACGGCAACCCUAAUGUAACCCAGGCUGUGGCAUUCGGCGCCGCCCUGUCUGAUUUGAGCCCCACGUCUCCGGCCCAGCGGUUCAUAUCAGAAGAUGGCGUCAUCAACUCCAGAGGUCGCGUGCUUGGCGGUGGAAGUUGCAUUAACGCCGGUUUCUAUUCUCGCGCCAGCACUCAAUAUGUCAGGGAAGCAGGAUGGGAGGGCAAAGCAGUAAAUGACUCGUACGAGUGGGUGGAGAAAGUGGUCGCCUUCCAGCCUGUCAUGGGCCCAUGGCAAUCGGCCGUCAGGGAUGGCCUCAUCCAAAGCGACGUCGUUCCCUACAACGGCUUCACUUACGAUCACAUCAACGGUACCAAGGUGGGCGGCACCAUCUUCGACCCCCACGGCCUUCGCCACACCGCCGCCGACCUCCUCCGAUACGCCAAUCCCUCUCAAAUCACGGUCCUCCUCCACGCCACUGUCCACAAGAUCCUCUUCACUAAUCCCUCCAAAGGCAAAUCAAAAGCCACAGUGGCUCGCGGAGUCAUUUUCAGGGACUCGAGGGGGUUAAAGCACAAGGCGUAUCUGAAGAAUGGGGCUAAGAACGAAAUAAUUGUAUCAGCUGGGGCUCUAGGAAGCCCACAACUUUUAAUGUUGAGCGGAAUUGGGCCUCAGGCCCACCUCAAGGCCCAUAACAUUACUGUGGUGUUGGACCAGCCCUCCGUCGGUGAGGGAAUGUCCGAUAACCCCAUGAACGCCGUCUUCAUCCCGUCUCCGAUCCCCGUCGAGGUCUCCCUCCUUCACGUCGUCGGCAUUACCAGCUUCGGCUCCUUCGUUGAAGCUGCAAGCGGCGAGAACUUCGCCGGCGGUUCUCCCAAAGACUAUGGAAUGUUCUCCCCUAAGAUCGGUCAACUGUCUAAACUGCCGCCGAAGGAAAGGACACCGGAAGCCCUAGCAAAAGCGAUAGAGUUGAUGGAGAGCUUAGACAGUGUCGCAUUUCAAGGCGGAUUCAUCUUUGAGAAGAUAAUGGGUCCGAUAUCAACCGGGCAUCUGGAGCUCCGGAACCGAAAUCCGAACGAUAACCCGGCUGUGACCUUCAACUAUUUUCAGCAUCCGAGGGAUCUGGAGAGAUGCGUGCGAGGAAUAAGCACGAUUGAGAAGGUGAUAGACUCAAAGGCGUUCAGGCCGUUCCGGUACCAGAACAUGCCGGUGGAAAUGCUGCUGAACCUGACGGCGAAAGCGCCGGUGAACUUACUUCCCCGUCACGCGAACACGUCGAUGUCACUGGAGCAAUAUUGCAGAGAUACAGUGAUGACGAUAUGGCACUAUCAUGGAGGUAGCCAGGUUGGGAAGGUCGUCGAUCGUGAUUAUAAAGUUCUGGGUGUGCAGCGUCUUCGCGUAAUUGAUGGCUCUACGUUCCUUACUUCUCCAGGAACAAAUCCUCAAGCCACAGUGAUGAUGCUUGGAAGGUACAUGGGAGUUAAAAUGUUGGGAGAGAGGCUUGCCGGGUGAAUGAUGAUCAUUGAUGAAGGUGUUGUCGGAUUGGGGUGGUUCCAUCAUGUCUCUCUGUUCUGGCUAUCACAUUUGGAUGUUGGGUUAAGAAGCAUGUGUGUCAAAUGAUUCAUCAGGUCGAGUGAGAAACUUACCUGUGAGAAAGACUAUGAAAAGAAAUAUAUAUAUAUAUAUAUUUAUAUAGACAUGUGUUGCUGAAAAAUGAUUAAACAUGUUUUGUUGAUGGGAUUGGAUGACUAAUUUUCACAUAUUCAUCUGGAGGCGUGAUUCAACAUGACAGAUUAUAUACAAAUGAAUGAAUGAUACCUAGUCAUCUUGAAGUAAUAAAACUCCCCUAUUUUAUUGCUA